CUGCUAACACGCGAAAAGGUUAUGACCCAUCCAUGUUUCCGUAGGUUGUCAACCAAUCGAAGUAGCUGUUUGAUUCCCUCACAGUGCGAGAACAUGGGACCAAUAUGGCCGAUACUACUGUUGUGGUCGAGGGGAAAAUUAAGUUUAGAGAUGGCAAAAAAUGGAAGUCGCGAUGGUGUGUUAUGAAAAAGCCUUCUCCAGUCGCUGAUCGCCUACAGGUUCUGUUAUACAAGGAUGUCAAAGAAGCAAUGCGUGAUGGUGGCAAGCCCAAGUCAGUGUUUCCACUGGAAGGCUUCUAUGGUAUUGAGUCGUUCCAGUUGGACAAGGAGGCCAAUGUUAUGGCACUGGUGUGCCAAAAACAGGUCACUCUCCUGGCCUACGAGUCACGAGAAAACAUGAUACAGUUUGAAAUCAAAAUACGCAGAAGUCUUGGCCAGGAACAUCAGUUUCCGGUAAGACUGGCCAAAGUUCCUCACAACAGUCGUCUCCCUUUGGAGCUGAUUCGAUUGCACAUUCAUGGACAGAAGUUCUGUAUGACGGCAUAUAUUCCACCCAAAAUCCUUCAAUCUUGGCAGAUAUGUGAUCUGAGGCGGUUUGGAUCUGUGGAUGGCAAGUUUUGCUUUGAAGGAGGUUCAAAAUGUGGACGAGGAAUGGGAAUCCAUGUGGCUCUGUCUGAGCAGGCUGAUGAAAUUGCCAGCAUUGUACAACAGGCCAGUCAGGGAAAACUGCCCAGUUGCCAUAGUAACAUAAACAAAAGAAGCUCCCAGAUCCCUGGUGCUUUUGACUCUGUGGGAUCUUCUUUCGGAAGUGGCAACCAUGGCCUGCCACCCAGCAUGCUGGGUUGCUGUGGCGAUAUGCGGAAUCAGGAGGACUGGGGGUGGCAGAAGCGACACUCCAUAAGUGUCAUGGACUACAGGAGGAUGGGAGCCUUAGCAGAGAAGUCAAAGUUAAUGAGCAUUGAAAAUCUAGAACGACAAAGACUGUUGGCAGUAUAUGAUGUCCCCCCUAAACGAAUUCGUAAAGUUGAAGCAAAUGUUGUGUCCCAAGCUGUAGGUCAGAAGUCAGAAAGAGACAGUGCUAAGUCCUGCGUAUCAUGUUCUGCUCUCCUAGGUAGAGGUUCUGACACAUCUCGUGUAUGUUCUCAUGGUGCUUCCUACUCCUCCCUUCCAUAUGAGAACAGCUCUCAACCGUAUGUCACCGGGCUGUCCACAGCCUGCUCUGCAAAAGAUCUGUUCAAGCUUCAAGGCAGAGGAGAUUAUCAUGGGUACUCAAGAAGUCUGGGAAGCCAGGGAAACUACCAACUUAGUGUCAUUGAAGAUGAAAUAAGAAUGGCAAAUGACAGGACUAAAAGGAAAGAAGCCCUUCAGAAACUUCAAAGAGAAGAGAGUUCCUUGCAAAGAGAAAUCACUCUGUUGGAUGAAAUUUUGCAAGUGUGUAAAUUUGAUGAUGAGACUAAAACUGUUGACCUUAAAGGAACCAAAGCUCCUACAAUCAUAUUAGAGAAAUCUUCCAGUCUACCUCAGAAGACCAAGAAAGACUUGUGGGUAGACACCAAGAAGUGUAACACAGAAGUAGCACAGCUCAGAACCACAAGAUCCGAAAAACAGAACAUGGAAGCCAACUGUCUCAGUCCUAAUUUGUUAAGCAAGCUGAGAGAAAUCCCUUCUCAUUCUAAACUUCUUGCUCCACUCCCCUAUGUAAACCUGUCUAAAUAUGAUGAAGAUGACAAGUCCAGUCAUGUAUGUGUUCCAGGAAGCGGAGACAAGCUUGUCGUUUCCAGUGCCUGCAGCAGCAGCUUGAGCAAUGUGUCUGUGUUCAACAAGGAGAAUUCUCCUCAUACACAAGCUAUCAAACAGAAACUGGGAGCAAGGUCGUCCAGUGAGUCCCGUAUUGCUUUAAAAAGUAGCCAGUGGGAGGAAGAGGAGGAGAGGGGUCCUCAGUGGCAGAGAGAGCCAAUAUAUGCCAAUGAAUGCAUAAAAAAGGAAAAUACUCCACCACCUGAGCUGCCACCCAAAGGGCCAGCAUUGUUGAGAAAGAAUCUGUCAAAAACGUCUACUGUUGUAGCCGCUCACCCUGGUGGGAGUCUCACACCACCAGCUCUUCCUUCCAGAGAUAGGAGUCGGUCUGUUGGGUCUCAGGGUAAGCUGCAUGGAUAUGACAAUGCUCCAAUGAUAGUUUUCCAGACUUCAAAACCCUCUUCUACAUCAUCAGUUGGACCACAAGAUUCCUACCUACUUAUGGGGGGAUUUCAAGAAGAGCAUAAGGCACCAACAGAAGGACACCCUUUUGGGGUUGGCAUUGAUUCACACAGAACCAGUGUCACAUCUCGAGCACAGAUAAUUGGUGCUCAGGGAGGGAGAUACACAGAACAUUCUAGUCAAUAUAUGGAAAUGGGGCAGUUUGAACCUGAAUGUCCGAAGUUAAGAAUUUCAGACUCAUCAUCAUCUGAAAGUGACCUUUAUGGAUAUUCCUCUAGUCCCAGACCUUCAGUUGAAUUGAGAAUAACCGAGCCGAUAGAUGAAGCUGCAUCUUACAUGCGACAGCCAAGGCAAGAAAGCAACUACAUGGAGAUGACUGGAUUACAGAGUAACAGAAAUUCUCAAGUCCUGCAAAACCUGCAGACACUCCAGACAUAUGUAUCUUCAACACCAGGAGGGGACAGUUUGAAUCAGAAUACUAAUAGUGAGGUGACCAGACCUGCAAUGCCUUUUCCAAAUUUGCUCAAUUUCCAAAAGAGACAAUCAGAUCAAAAGAAGACACCAUCAAAAUCCAACAUCAGCUCUAAUACGAGCCAGGCAGCUGAAAAUACACCAUCCCAAGAGACACCAAAAGAAGGUGGUGGCUUUCUUGCCAGAUUUAUGAGGAGAAGCUCCAGAGACCAAAAAGCAGCAUCUCAAAGUCAAGAAAACCUGACAGGGGCAAGAAGUCGAGCCAGUUACCUAGAACGUAGUCAGUCAGACCAAGGAGAACAGAGUAAGCCUGAACUGCCAGAAACUGUUCCUCACAUAAAGGUUGGCAGACAGCGUUCAUCAAGCUUCCCCAACAGACUCAGCUACCAGGAGGCUAACACUGAAAUCAAAAUGCCACCUUCCCCCAAAGACCUGCCACCUCCUCUUCCACCUGAAAGGAACAGAGCCAGGGAAUACAGAGGUAGUAAAAGUCUAUCUCUUGAUGAUAAGCCUGGUGCCCCUGUGGAAAUCAUCAGUAAGUCCAGUAACUGUCAAGGGUUGAAGAGAAACAUCACAGAACCCCUUCUUAAGGUAGAAGAAACCAAACCCGAGAUGAGAGUCUUGACUGUGCUGCAUGUACAGCAACAACUUCAGUUGACAAAUCCUUACCUUCAAUUGACAGAAUCCUCCAAAACAGAUGAUGAAAAGUUGAUUGAACUAUUACAGAAUGGUGGUAGUUCAAGGCUAGGAAUGGAAGAGAAAGGAAACUAUGCAUGUUUGUCAGAACUGAAGAGUAAAAUGAGUUUGCCACUUCCUGUUAAGAAACAACUCAGUGCCAGUGAAAAAGCAGCAGAGAUUGCUCGCCAUGUUACAUCACUGCCUCCAUUUAUCCCACCCAAGACAAAGCCAUACCCUUCAACUUUGUCUCCGGUGAUAGAAUCACAGUUAUCACCCAGAGGGAUGGAUUCUGAUGCAAUCUAUGUAGAGAUGAAAGAACUCCCAAGUAAAAGAUCAUCCAGCACCAGUGACUCUUUUGCCCUAAACCCUGCAGGCCAGAAGGACAAAGCCCGUGCAACACUCCGAAUUUGUCCACCGGUGGAGGAUGAGAAUGGGAAAAUCUGGGUCCCUCGUAGUAACCUGAACUCUGCAGAAACCGCCAGUGGUUCGUCCCCUCACAGUGCCAAAUGUUGUGACACCCAGAAUUUACACUAUAGUGCUCUGGUUGUCUCUGUGGAUGAUCUCAAUGACAAACUGGAUGCCAUAUCUGUUUCUUCCCAUGAGAGUAGUGACAAUCACAGUAUUCGCAGUGAAGACACUGUACGGAGUAGCCCCGCCUCCACCAUACUGCGACCCAGGUCAGGCAGAGACUACCAGUUUGUGGAGCGGCGACACACAGCAAGCGAGAGCUGUACAUCCAGUCCCCAAACGCCCUACUCUCCGUCUUCUGGAACAGUCUUCAGUUUUGAAAGUACCAUGUCCAACUCGUCACAUGGGGAAGAGUACAAUGCCUACAUGAAUGUGGAUAUGACAACAGGUGCGAAGGAUUCUGUGUUUAGCCAUAAGCAUGUGUCUGAUCAUGAAGUCUCUCCUGAGAGGACGUUCCGAGAGAAGCUGAUCAGUGAAAGAGAUAGGCGAAGCAGUGAACGAGAGAAAGUGACUGGUGAGAGAAACAGGUUGAAUAGUGAAAGAGAUAGAUUAAACAGUGAAAAAGAGCAUUUACAUAGCCCAAGAAACAAUCUGAAAGGUGACAAAAAUCAAUUAAGUCCUGAAAGGGACAAGGUUGGACAAGCCCCAGACAAGCAUGAUACUGAUAUGGUUUUGCACUGUAGUGAUAAAAAUUCUGAGAGUCCAGAGAAAGAAACAGUCAACACUGAAAUAGACAGAUUGAGUACUGAUAGGAAAGCUAACAGUGAUAGAGACACUUCCCUUGUUGAAGGAGACAUGCAAGAUGACCUGCACUCCAGUAGUGGACACUCCCCCUCAUGUACCAGGAGUGCCUCGCCCCCUCUGUCCCCACGUGUGCCAAUGUCCCCCAUGCCACCAGAGCAAGUGAAUCCCCAAUUAAAUUAUGCAGAGAUAGACUUGUCCACAGCAUGUGCUGCAGCAUCUCCAACAGAGUCUAAGAGAAAGCCAAAGAAAACUGUGCCCACCACACCAAUUGCAUAUGCAACAAUCGACAUGCUUGCCACGCAUGCGGUGAAGCAAGCAGGUAUCGAGCAUGCACAGUCUCGCGAGGACAGUCUUCGGCGAAGUGUCAGUGUGUGUACUCGUAAAAACUCCACUCCUUUGGUCAAAGAUAGGAAAUUUUCAAUGCGAGAACGCAAAAUGAGUACCGGUUCCUUAGGAGACACAUAGCCUUCUGCAUGCAUUGUGAUUUAUUUGUGACCUAGCAGUGCCUUCGUUGUUUCUGUAACUGUCCGCUACUACAAAAGGCAGCAGUUUUAAACAGUGUGCUCAAAUUUUUGUCUCUCCUAGGAAUACUAAUUAUAUCAAUGGGUUGCUUUGCUCAGUUUGCCAUAGUGCAGGGGAGAUAACUCUUUUUGCACUGUUGUGAGUCCCAUGUAUGUACUGGACAUUUUUGUCUUUCUAGGAAGGUCUUAUUUAUGUUGUCACCGUGUUGCCUUAUAUUUAUUUAUUUGUUUGUAUAUGUAUCAAAUUUCAAAUUGGCAUUGUCUCGCAAACGAUGAAGUUCUGUGAAUUUAUGCUUAUAUUAAUAUGUUUCCUAUUCUUGGUUGGUUGGGGAAAGAGUAAAGGGAUUAUGACUUGAACAUCUUGUGUUGUGUACUGGAUAGUAAGAAAAAGAAAACAUAUUACAUGUCUGUUUAAGCUCAAAGAGCUGAAAUCAGAAUGUUGGUGAUAUAACACAGACUCCUUUACUUCCUGAAUAUAUAUCCUAAACAAUUCCAUACUUCGACCAGGAGCUCACUACCAUUUCUAUACUAAUAUUUUAAUUUGAAAAUCUGAAGAAAACCUGGUCACACACAAUUAAUUUUUCAGUUACCAUGGUUCUAUUGCAUAUCAUUUGGUCACAUCAACAAAUAUGCCAAACACAGUUGUAUAAAAUUGAACAAUGAAAAAAUAGAAUACACUGUAGGCUGCGAUUGUCAUGUCUCUGUUGGGCAUUCCCCUCUUUUUGAACUUCCAGUGAACACUACCUCACAAUAACAUACCAUUUCACAUGGAGGUGCUUUCUACUAGCUUAUCAUUGUUUAGCCGUUCAGUAGAUAAAUGAUUCCUAUUACUCUUGAAACAUAUUUUUCGAAUUGAUCUCUGGAGGUAUUAGGUCCAACAUGGCUUGUUAGCAACACGGUUUUGCACCCCAGGGAGGUUCCCUCUGGAUCACCUACUUUGUACACAUAUGUCUAAAGGUGUGAUAUGUUCUAGGAAGAACUGUUUGAUAGGCAUUUUGUAGAUGUUAGCAGAUGACAAAGUAGACACAAUUUAUGGACAACAAAUACUAUUACAGAGAUGUUUCAGUUUUGAUCCUUAUACCAUUGUCAAAUUGUCUUGAAACUGCAUUAAAUGUAGAUGUAAUAUAUGCUAUCAUGUGCAAGAUCUUGCAUUAUAUACACUGAGGGAAACAAAUAAGGAACACACAUGUUUUGAGUUUUUUUGUUAAUUUAUCAAAUAGUAAGUUCAAGCAAAUCUUCACACUAAAAUGACCUUACUGUCUCAUUGAAGAAACUUUCAGGAAAGAAAUGCCUGUUCUUAACUUUAAAGGUCCAGGUAGAACCAUCAGGACUGUGUAGUCUGCCCUCAGUAGAACAAGAAGUUCACAACUGUAGAUGUUUUCCUCCCAUGAAACUGGAUCUCAGAUUGAGGACUCGCCAAGAUCAGAAUCUUACAAUAAACAUGUAUACUUUGUCAUACGUUGUGCUUAGAUGGUUUCAAUACCGAUCAAGAUUUUGAUUGAGUUACUUUGUCAAGGCCCAUUCACAUGGUCAUCACUUUGCAGCAGUAUCGGAUCUAUGUACCUCUAGAAACACUGAGUUCUCAUCAUUAGUAUACCUUCAUCAUAACCAAAUAUUAUUAAGAUAAUUCUAUAGAAAAACUCUGUAUUUACGCAAAACAUGUGAGAUUGUUGAUAUGAAGGGUUUAGGGGUAUGAUGCAAGAUUUUAUUGGCUUUUCAUAUGGCCUACUUCUGGGUUCAAUGAUGAAUAUUUCAUCACAUCUACUACAUUUAUUGCAUUGAUAUAAAUUUGCAUUUCAUUAACAGAAUAUUGUAGUGCAAUCUCAUUAAGAUCAGAGUUUAACUUCUGAUACAAUUCCUCUGUAAGUGAAGAUCUGAAAACUCUUUAUAGGAGUUUCAGGUGAACUUUCUAGUCCAAGUGAGUUAAGCAAUCAGAGCAGCUUAUCUGAUUUUGAAUUUCAUAAACAACCACAAUGAAACUAUUGUAGGCUGAGCUGAUAUAUAUGUUGUGUAGUUUUAUUUUCCUCUGUCAUUCUGUGUGCCAUAACAUCUACACACACAAAGGUUUAGAGUGAAUAUUUCUGUUGAGUGGACUUUUACAGCUAAACUUGAAAUUUACAGAUUGAGGUGGUAAAAAAUAUGAAACCAAGCCAGAGCCCAAACAUCCUUUAUUUAGCUUAGGUGGUCAAAGAAUUAACUUGAGGUGACCUCCAAGAGAGGGUUUGUCAGAUCUUCAUGCAGAAAGGUAUUAUGUCGGAGCGAAUUAUCUUCAUUUAAUGCCGAGAAUUAUGCUUGAUAAUGCCAGGUUUGUGACAACAGUGAAGUCUACAUGUGUGACACAGUGCGGAGGUACUUGUAGUAGUAGUGCAAGAAGUAGGGCUAGUGAUGGGGUGUCUACCCUGCUGCUCUUGUACCUAUAUUGUCAUCACACACCACAGGAGGAACGUCUUUAACCUCAUGUACACUGACUAAAUGAUAGCCUUUAGAUAGUAACUUCACCAUGACCUUGUUGGCAAGCAAACAAUACAGUACACACAAUUGGGAUAUAUUCAAUGGCUAGAGCUCUUAUUAACUCCAAACCCUUGUCCUAUAUAGUUAUUUUGUAUCCAUAAAAGGCGUUAAUUAGCUUGUUGACAUUGUUUCAGGGCCGCUGAAGGUGUGCCCCUGAAUUUAACAUGUCUGGCCGUUCUGCUUCUACUGAAAAGUAGAAGUAUGGUGGUUGUGUAGUUGAUGGGGAAGAAAGACCAGUGUCCCUAUUGUGACUAACAUGUUAACGCUUGCAAGCCAUAAGCAGGCUUGUUUGUGACUGUUCUUGUUCAUAUAGAAUGGUUGAAUAUAGCCAUGAUUAGAAAGAACACAUUGCUUUAGUCUCAUCAUGGUGCUGUGCAGAAUGUACUGGGAUCAAAUUCUUCAUGUUUUUGUGUUGAUAGCUUAAUGAUUUGUUGUUGAAAUAUACAGUGAGAUUGAUGGAUUCCUGUUGAUGCAGGUGCCUGGAGAUGGUUUGUGUUGCCAAGUCCUGGAUAUAUGUAUGUAUGGCACUGUAUGGUUUCAGAAUACCUUUUGCUACCUGGGAAUAGGUAACAUUGAAGUAUUUUCUUUUCAUUAUGUGGAACAAUGGAUUAUUGUAAUCCUGAUUUGAUUCUGUCAGUGACAGGUUACCGAACAGUUGUUGGGGGUGCCCAGCUGCAUGGUCUCUGUAAGCAGAGCCUAGUUUUGAAAAGCUUUUAGUUUCACACACUGGUACAUGUUUAGGCUUUUAGGUGCAGUUAUCAAGUAUUUUGGAUUUUUCACCCAGUUUUUUAUCCAUACAGGAAAUUAAUUGUUUAGGCCUGUAGAUUGGUUUUGUUAAUUUUGGAAAAUAUUGUUUUGGUACAACAGUAUUGAUAUUUAAUGAUUGGUACAAACAGUGAAAGCACUCGGCUGAAAGGAUGCAAUGUUGUCCAUGAUCAGUUCCUCCUGUAUUACUUCAACCACUACAACCCAUCAUGAACUUUGCCACCUAUAACACUGUUCACGUUCCACGGUCUGGUUUAAUGGUACAUUAUUUCACUGCCAUAAGUUGUGUAGGAAAUGUUAUACAUAUUCCAAGUUCAAGCAUGUUGCUCUCAACACUACUGAAAGUUGCGUUACCUCAAAGUACCUCCCUUUUCUACACUGUAUUCCCAAAUGUCAUUUAUAUGGCACUUAUGUUGUGUAGUGUAAGUCAGUCAGCUAAAGUAGAUGAAGUCAUUUUGAAAUGUUGUAUAUUUCGGAUGGUGCUACUAGUUUCAGUGAGUCAAACAAUGGCAGAUACUGCCUGAUAGUGUUUACAGUGUACAACAAAGGCCAAAACAAAUUGUAUUUGUUUCUCCUGUUUAUAUGCAAGAACAUUCUGGUACAGGUUUGGAAAAUGAUGUUGCACGAGAGAAAAAGGACAUUUGUUUUGGCCUUCCAUUGUUUGUGUGAUGGCUGUUGCUGUUGUUGCUGUUGCUGCUGAAGCAGGAAUGGUCUCCAGGAUUGAAAUGUUGCUCUUCAAUAUUUCAAAACAAUACUUUGCUUUCUUUUGGAAUGUGCUGUCAGUAAACCCAGCAAAAACCUUGAAGAUUUAGGGAGUAAGAAGCCUCUUUGAAUAUUUCAGAUGGAAUGAAAAUAAUGCCAUUCUUACCUUUUUUAUAUACAGUUGAAAACUUUGAAAUGCUUCCAAAAAUAUUAUUUUUUGUUCCUGAUAGUCUUUCAGUUUUAACAGUAUCUGUGUCCAAGGAAAGUAGCUGGUAUCAGUAGACACAUUUUCAGUAGCUACAUUGUCUUUCAUGUUUCAUGAACAUUUAUAGUGUACAAGUUGUAAAGCAAAAUAUCUGCACACAUACACUAAGAGAAUGGCAAGAAAUUGUCUCAUGCUUCCAUUUCAGACAUGGUGGUUGUGUUCUCUCAGACAGGGGCUUGCUUUAAACUUUGACAUUCAUGGAUGUAGAUGUUAUUUCCAUACCUGCAUGUACGUCCAGCCAGCCAGCCAGCAGCAGCCAGUAGAAUGCAUGUUUGUGUGUGACUGAGAAUGUGUGAAUCACUGAAAGGGUGGGAGCUGAUUUUAUAUGAUUUUUAUAGUAAAUUAUGCUUGUUAUGUUUGUAUUUGUGUUAGAGGCUGGAGUACCCAGUUUGCUUUGUGUCCAAAUUCAUCUGGAAGGAGGUGAACCCAUGUGCUAGAGACUUGCGCUCUUCCUUUGUUUGCCAAAUUACAUCUCAUUAUCUGUAUUGUGGUUUUUCAACGAAUGCAUAAUAAAUUCAUAUUUAGUCAUUUCAAA